AUGUUCACCAAGACUCCAACGGCACUGGCCGCCUCUCCCUCAACAAUCGCAUUCCUCUUAAUCACAUUCUCCCAUCUCGUCCUGGCUCAGACUAUCGUCCCAACGUCCUCCUCGAACAGCUUUCCCGGCUGCGCACUCUCAUGUACCGUGCUGCUUCAAGCCCAGACCCUCUGCACACCACCCAACGUUGCAUCCACAAACCAAAUCACCUAUGAAAACUGCUUUUGCCAGAGUAGUUUGUUACAGGCGCUCUAUAGCACCCCCGACGCGAUCUGCGCGGGUGAAUGCACCAUUGAAGCCGAUCGCCAACAGCUGCAGAAAUGGUUCACGGGCUUUUGCGCACAAGUGGGUCAAGGCGUUGACCCGCUCACAUCCACCGCCGCAACGACAUCUCCCACCUCUACCAAUGCUGCGACCGUCACGAGGGAUUCUUCAGGAGCAGCCAACUCUGGCACAGGAUCUGCCUCCGGCUCGAAGUCGUCUUCCUCCCAUCAGGCAUGGAUCGAGGGGCAUUGGCGCUGGAUACUGAUGGUGGCCAUCCUGGCCGUCGGGUUCGCAUUUCUGGCAUGGCUCGCCGUGUGGUUGAAGCGUCGACACAGCAGAAAGAUCGAGGAGCGACGCGCUGCCGUCUCAGGCUUCCCGACGCCUUCGGAGAAACGAGACGGAGCUCGUUCUGCCACCCCUGAUAUCUGGGGCCCGCAUCAGCACAUGCAUUACACCAAAGGUUGGGAGUAUCAUGACGGCACCGAGCUGGCGGCAGGCGGCGCUCUCGCUGCGUCUGGGGAAAAAUCAGACAAGUUGGCCAAAAAGAUGUCGUCCUCGAACAAGGACACCCGUCAGAGUCGCGUGGACCGCUCAGGUGUGCCGGAAUUGGUCGUUCAUCCCGUCUCCUCAACACAGCCGUCGUCGAAAGGCAAAGGUAGGGCUACAGAUAGGGCCACUGAGCUCGACCACAAGGUUGAAGGCGAGGCAAGUAGAAGCCGAAGUAGAAGCCAACGUAGGGAACAUCAGGAUUAUGACGACGAUAUCGAAGCGAAGUACGAUUCAGAACACCAAAGGCGGCUCCGCGAGGUCAGGGGCACUCGGCGGAUGGACAUGGAGUAG